UCAGCCCUAAUUGGAUUCACUUGGGGUCUGUCUCCAGCCAUUAAUUGGAGUUCAUUAUCAACACAUUAUCCCUUCCAUUUUCACACUCAUCCAUUAUUCAUCAAUUCCAUCGUAAAGUACCUAUCAAUGGAUAUUAGGGUUGAAGAAUGAUACCUAACUUCAUUAAUUCUCUUUUGCAUAGGCACAACAAACUAAUGUCUGGAAAUAACGAUGCGUUCAGUGGACCGUGGAGUUCUUGCCCUUCUAAGGAACUCCUGGACAUCUGCCAAAUUCGGUAGAAAGUGGUUACAGUUUUGUGAAGUACAAGGUAAUGUAUGACAUUUUUUCGUAGUAAUUUAUCGUGCAUAAAGUUGGUGAUUGAGUUUUUUGUGUAGGCUGAUCACGAAAUGUGCUUUAAUAGAAAAAGUUUGAUGGAACGGCUACAAGACACAGAAAAGGGAAUGCGGGCCGAAAUUGCUAGACUUGAGAAAUUGAUAGAAACAGAAUUAACAAAACACUUGGAGAAUAUGGAUCAAUCUGACAAAGCAUAUCGAACCUAGAGAUGUAAUUUACGUAGAGUCAUAAUCAUAUCCCGUGAUGCCACGCUCGACCACGAGUGCGUGGUAUGUCUUCUUCCCACACAUCCGUUUGGCCAAUCUUCACACAGCAUGUAGCCUCAAGACUGAAGCCAACAAUCUUCUCGAGAAGGUGCGCAUACUGGACACGCGACGCCAUCUCCAAGAAACUCUCUCGCUGUUCUACACCCUCACCCCGCCUCACUCCCUCCAAAUCUAUGCCACUCUCUUCCACGCAUGUGCUCGCUACAAAUGCCUCCAAGAAGGUAUUUCUUUGCACCACCACAUGCUUUCCCACAACCCCGCCCCGCCCGACCUCUUUGUUACUAACCAUCUCAUCAACAUGUACUGCAAAUGUGGCGACUUGAAUUCUGCCGAAUACCUGUUUGAUGAAAUGCCCAAGAGAAACCUUAUUUCUUGGACUGCUCUCAUUUCUGGGUACGCACAACAUGAGCGAAGAGAUGAGUGUUUUCGACUAUUUUCAGGCAUGUUGGUGGACUUCCGUCCGAAUGAGUUUGCAGUGGCAAGUAUGCUUAGCUCGUGUGGUGAGUGCGAUGGUGAGCGUGGCCUGCAGGUACAUGCGCUUGCGUUGAAAUUGUCUUUGGAUGCUUCUGUUUACGUUGCGAAUUCUCUUAUUACCAUGUAUAGCAAGAGUUCUGUUUAUGGUGGUGUUUAUAAUCUUGAUAGGGAUGAGGCUUGGAGAGUGUUCAAGACCAUAGAGUUUCGGAAUCUUGUUUCUUGGAAUUCAAUGAUUGCAGGAUUUCAGUUUCGCAGACUUUGGGCCCAAGCUAUCAGUCUUUUUUCACAAAUGCACCGUGAUGGAAUUGGGUUUGAUCGUGCCACGCUUCUCAGCCUCUUCUCUUCCUUGGGGGGAAGCACUGACAAUGAUGUUGAUUUUGGUCUCAAUUUUUGUUUACAGUUGCACUGUCUCGCGAUCAAAACUGGGUUUAUGUCAGAAAUUGAAGUAACAACCACAUUAAUUAAGUCUUACUUGGAUCUUGGCGGAGGUAUUGCCAGCUGUUAUAGGCUCUUCAUGGAGACAAAUUCUUGUCGAGAUAUUGUUUCAUGGACUACCAUUAUAGUUGCAUUUGCAGAAUGGGACCCAGAAGAAGCUCUCUUCCUGUUUCGCCAGUUGCUUCGAGAGGACUUAGCUCCAGAUUGGUAUACUUUCUCAAUUGUCUUGAAAGCUUGUGCAGGCCUUGUGACUGAGCGGCAUGCCUUGGCAGUUCAUUCGCAAGUAAUUAAAGCUGGGUUUGAAGGUGACACUGUACUUGCAAAUGCCUUGAUCCAUGCGUAUGCUAGGUGUGGCUCCAUUGCUUUGUCUAAGCAAAUAUUUAAUGAAACUGGAUUUCGUGAUUUGGUUUCUUGGAACUCAAUGCUAAAAGCGUAUGCCUUGCAUGGGAGACCUAGAGAAGCAUUGCUACUCUUUUCGCAAAUGAAUAUCCAACCUGAUCCCACCACCUUUGUUGCUCUUCUCACAGCUUGCAGCCAUACUGAACUGGUCGAUGAAGGAAUCAAAAUCUUUGACUCUAUGUUUGGGAAAUAUGGUAUUGUUCCUCAACUUGAUCACUAUGCCUGCAUGGUUGACAUUUUUGGGCGAGCCGGGCGACUUCUUGAGGCUGAGGAACUUAUAAAUAGAAUGCCGACGAAGCCUGAUUCUGUAAUUUGGAGCACUCUCCUUGGGUCAUGUAGGAAGCACAGUGAGACAAGGUUGGCCAAGCUAGCCGCAGAUAAACUGAAGGAGUUGGAGCCAGGCAAUUCAUUAAGCUAUGUACAAAUGUCAAACAUAUAUUCCUCUGGCGGUGAUUUUAAUAAUGCUGGCCUAAUUAGGAAUGAAAUGAAAGGGUCUAUUGUGAGAAAGGAGCCUGGAUUAAGCUGGGUUGAGAUUGGUAAUCGGGUGCAUGAAUUUGCAUCCGGAGGCCAACGCCAUCCAGAAAGGGAGGUGAUAUGCAGGUGGCUUGAAGAACUGAUUGGGCAGUUAAAGGAGAUGGGUUAUGUUCCAGAGACAAGCUUGGCUUUGCAUGACAUAGAAGAGGAGCACAAAAAGGAGCAACUAUACCAUCACAGUGAGAAGCUAGCUUUAGCCUACGCCACAAUGAAGGAAGGUGGUCUGUGUUGUGGUGGGAGAGUAAUAAGAAUCAACAAGAACAUCCGAAUUUGUGUGGAUUGCCAUAAUUUCAUGAAGUUAGCUUCAGAUCUACUUCAGAAGGAGAUCAUUGUCAGAGACUCAAACCGCUUUCAUCAUUUUAAAGACGGGUUGUGCUCUUGCGUUGACUACUGGUAGCAACUACCAUCACUGACGGAUCCUGUUUGCACUUAUUUCUGCUUGCAUGGUUCAUCAAUUCCCAUGAAAAUUGAUGGAAAAGAGUCAUGGUUCUUUGAGCGAGUGGACCAAUGAAAACACUCCUUAGGGAGAUCAAUUUUAUUCAGUCCUAAGUAGUAGCUGAAAUAGUGAAUGAGUUUUUACUGAAGGUUGAUUAUGAAGUACUGCUUUCAUCCAGAUUGCACUGUAGCCAAUGAUCAUCCUGUAGACCAUCCUGUAUAUGUGAUCUAUGGGGAAAGGGGGACGAAUCAUGAAGAGAUCAUGAAGGAAAAUAUAAAAGGGAGUUGGGCUGAAAAUAUGAAGAGAAUGUGCACCCACUGUCAGGCUGAGAAGACUCCACAAUGGCAGGAGGGUCCGUCGGGGUGGAAGACGUGCAAUGAUUGCAGGGUGAGGUACAAGUCCGGAAGGUUGGUGCCGGAGUAUCGUCCAGUUGGCUGCCCAACUUUGAUAAUAUUUUGCAUAUCUAAUCAGUUGUUGGCAGGCACAAUGAGGAUUAGUCUCAUUCAUGCAAUGAUGUAGCCAAGUUGUCGUGGGUGCUGCUGUAUUGGGAUCCAUUUUCUCCAUUUUGUGGUCAUGGUCUUGGGAUGCUGAUGUGCUAAAACCAUUUAUUUCCUCUUUGUGGGUUCAAACAAUUGUUCUGAGAGCUGCCGGAUUUUGCCUAGGCUUUCUUGUUGAUGUGGUUCGUUAUUGGUUUAGGAAUGAGGACCAAUUUGUCACAUACCUACAUGUAAGUGGAUUACGUGGCAAUCGUCUAGUCGUGGGCUUGGGAAGCAUCUGUUAGUUUGGGCUACUGGAUCAGUUAGUACAAAUGGGCUUGAGUUUGUUAGAUAGUUGGACUUUUAUGUUAGUAUAAAGCAUGUUUUCCUGUAUUCAGAUAGGCAUGGAAUUGAUAUGUUCUUGUAUUAGCUUUAGUGAUUAGCUUAGUUGAUAAUGGAGGCCCAAUUUACCUCGAAACAGAUCAUACUUGUAAUUCUUCAUCACCAUUGAUUUUCAAUA